CCCACCACGCUCCCGGCUUUCGUCAGAGCCUUCCCGGAGCUGAGCUGAGCUCAGCGGAGCUGGGCUGGCCGGGACGGGCGGGCGGGGGCUCCGCGGAGCUCAGAGCAGCCCCGCGGGAGUGGCUCCGCUGCCCGGGCAGUGCCGGAGGACCCGCGAUGGGCUCCGGCCGCUGCUGCUCGCUGCUGCUGGUGCUGGUGGUGCUGCUGGAGCUGCCCGCGGCGUGGGGGGACUGUGGGCCGCUGCCGAAUAUCAGCCACGCUGAGCCCCGGGGGGAUGCCAAACAUCAGCAGAGCUUCAGUGUGGGCUCCACAGUGACUUUUGCCUGCGUCCCGGGUUACACCAAGCUCCCCCUUUUCUCUAACACCAUUCAGUGCCUGUCGAACUCCCGCUGGUCCAGCCUGCCAGAGUUCUGCGGCCGCAGCUGUCCCACACCCAGAUCUGUGCAAUUUGCUGCGCUAUCACCAGAAGACAAAAUGCAGAAUUUUUACGCCGUUAACACCACGGUGAGGUACAUCUGUCGCCUAGCUUAUGAAAACACCACAGCCCAGCCCCCCACCAGCACCUGUUUGGACAACUUAACGUGGACAGAAGUUCCUGAACUGUGUCAGAAGAAAUCUUGUGGUAUUCCAGCCAAUCCAGAACAUGGCCAAGUCAUCCUAAAAGAUAUCCUAAAAGAUCAUCUGCUGGGUGGAACGGCCAGAGUGGUUUGUGACCAUGGGUACAGACUAAAGGGAGCAUCACCUUCCAUCAGGUGUCUCCUAGAGGGCAACAAAGCUGUCUGGAGUCCUCUUCCAGCUUGUCAGGUGAUCUCCUGUCCCCCUCCUCCAGCCAUCCCUCACGGGCAGCACAGUGGGAACAGCUCGGGGGAGUUCGUGCUGGGCUCCGUCGCAACCUACACGUGUGAGCCGGGGCUGGAGCUGGUGGGGCAGGACACGCUGCGCUGCACCGGCGACAGCGGCGACAGCGGCGACAGCGGCGACAGCGGCACCUGGAGCGGGGUCCCGCCCGCCUGCCGGGUUAAAACCACAGUAGAGACAAACCAAACCAAACCCUCGGAAGAGAAUCCUUACUGGCUGGCAAGCAUCCUCAUUCCGAGCUGCAUUGUUCCCCCAGUAGCCCUUGGAAUUCUAGCUGGGAUCAUCGUGAGACGGAAAGAGAAUGAAAAGCACUCUUAUAAUGUGAAUUCACAAAAGCAGGAGGUGAAGGGAAGGGAUGCAGUGAUGCACCUGGAGGUUAUGGAUGAGAAGAAGCUCCCCAAGCUCUGGAAUUCCUAUUUUUGCCACACAGGGAAGUGCCACGUGUGUCCCAGCUGUGAGGAGCAGCUCCACAGUGCCCUGGCCCCUCUCUCAGAGCCCCCACACCACGGCUGUGCCGCCUGCCAGGACUGGCUGAGCUCCCAGCCCCAAAAACCCCGCAGCUACUCGGUGCCCAGCGUUGGUGAUGGGGACACCCCAGCAGGCACCAGCUCUCCUGCCAUGGAUGUGGAUGUGUUCAGGGCAGAUGGCACAGGAGGAGCUGCUCCAUGGAGGAGUGAGGCAGAGCAGCCCAUCGACCACCAAAGUGACCACAUCUGUCCCACCUGUGAGAGCUGGCUGCGUGCCCACACGGGCCAGGGGGACAGCAGGGCUGUGACACCGGGGGAGUGGCAGCACAAGGGCCCCCAGGGCCCCGUCUGCCCCCCCUGCACGGACCGACAGCUCCUGUCCCUCAUCCACGGGGACACAGCCAGCAGCCCCGUGUGCCCCCUGGCCGGGGAGGGCACCCCAGCCCACCUGGUCCCUCCGCACAGCCCCGGCUGCCACCUGUGCCCCGUGUGCUCGGUGCCCAGCCACGCUCACCUGUGCCAGCCCCAGCGCCUGGCACCUGAUGGGAUGGUGCCCGCGGUCACCCUCUGCCUGCUGGGCAGCUCCGCUCUGCUCCUCAGCGCCACGCCCGGGGCUCAAGCUGCCUGGUGCCCGCCGCCCCGCGUGCCCUACGGGCGGGUGUCCCCUCGCCGCUUUCUCUACCGGCCACGGGACACCGUGAGCGUCACCUGCAACCCGGGCUACACCCUGCGGGGUCCGGGCAGCAGCACCUGCGGGGCUGCCUCCAGGUGGGACCCCCCUCUGCCGGCGUGCAGAAAGGAGGUGACAUGUCCCCGGGCACCCAGCAUCGCCAACGGGCUGCACUCCGGGCACUCCUCGGGCAGCUUUCCCCGGGGAGUCACCGUGUCCUACAGCUGCAGGGAGGGCUUCCAGCUGCUCGGCAAUGAGUCCAUCACCUGCACGGACUCGGGGCACUGGAGCCGGCCCCUGCCCCGCUGUGAAGCCAUCGGCUGCCAGGUACCCGAGGUGCAGAACGGGCAGGUGCACAACGCGCAGGGCACCUACAGAGCUGGAGACACUCUGCACUUUGACUGCCACCCCGGCCAUGCGGCAGAGGGCUCCGACGAGGCUCGGUGCCAGCCCGGGGGCACCUGGGACCCGCCGGCGCUCGUGUGCCACAGGGUCCGGCCGUGCCCGAUGCCUCCGGAGGUGGCCAAUGGAAAUCACAACGGCCGGGACACGGCAGGGUUCACCAUGGGGAUGUCUGUGAGGUACAGCUGCGAUCCCGGCUAUUACCUGGUUGGAAAUGCCGCUGUGACCUGCGGAGCAUCGGGGAACUGGAGCCAGCCCCGGCCUCGCUGCCAAGAGGUGACAUGUCCCCGGGCACCCAGCAUCGCCAACGGGCUGCACUCCGGGCACUCCUCGGGCAGCUUUCCCCGGGGAGUCACCGUGUCCUACAGCUGCAGGGAGGGCUUCCAGCUGCUCGGCAAUGACUCCAUCACCUGCACGGACUCGGGGCACUGGAGCCGGCCCCUGCCCCGCUGUGAAGCCAUCGGCUGCCAGGUACCCGAGGUGCAGAACGGGCAGGUGCACAACGCGCAGGGCACCUACAGAGCUGGAGACACUCUGCACUUUGACUGCCACCCCGGCCAUGCGGCAGAGGGCUCCGACGAGGCUCGGUGCCAGCCCGGGGGCACCUGGGACCCGCCGGCGCUCGUGUGCCACAGGGUCCGGCCGUGCCCGAUGCCUCCGGAGGUCACCAAUGGAAAUCACAACGGCCGGGACAAAGCGUUUUUUACCGCUGGGAUGUCUGUGAGGUACAGCUGCGAUCCCGGCUAUUACCUGGUUGGAAAUGCCGCUGUGACCUGCGGAGCAUCGGGGAACUGGAGCCGGCCCCGGCCUCGCUGCGAAGGGACUGUCUGCAUCAAUCCAAUCGUAGCCAAUGGAAGGCAAGUUGGUGGCCACGGGCUCCUCUCUGCCCCCGGACAAACGGUGACAUUCCGGUGCCACGAUGGGUACAGCCUGCAGGGCAGUGCCAGCCUGUCGUGCCAGGAGGAUGGCAGCUGGCAGCCCCCUGCUCCUGUGUGUGACAGAGCACUGCCCCACCACUCCUCCUUCACCAGGUCUCCAGGUGCUUGUGGUGCUCCCACAAGGUUACAGUUUGCUGAGCUAAAUGAGGAGCACAGGAAUGCCAUUGAUUUUCCUGUUGGGAAGACUGUGCAAUACACUUGCCGCCCUGGAUAUGCAAAAGUGCCAGGAAUGUCACCUACUCUGACAUGCCUUGAGAGAGGAGUGUGGUCAGAAGCACUAGAGUUCUGUAAAAGGAAACAGUGCAGUCACCCAGGUGAGCCUGUGAAUGGCAGGAUUAUUUCCCUGACAAAUCUGCAGCUUGGCUCUACAGUGGUUUACAGCUGUGAGGAAGGGCACAGGUUAAUUGGACAAGCCAGCAGACGCUGUGAGAUCUCUGGGGGACGUGUUGCAUGGACUGGCCACACUCCCCUCUGUCAGCGCAUCCCUUGCGAGCCGCCCCCGGACAUUCCCAACGGGCAGCACUCGGGCCGGCUGCAGAGCGAGUUCCACUACGGCACGGCCGUCACCUACAGCUGCAAGCACGGGCUGCCCCUGCACGGGGAGCCCUCCAUCCACUGCACCACCCGCGACGGGCACAGCGGCGUCUGGAGCGAGCCCCUGCCGGCCUGCGGAGAGGCGAACUGUCCCGUCCCACAGAUCCAGCACGGGAGGAUCGUGGCUGCCAGGGCUGCCUACGCACACAGGGACACCGUGACCUUCCAGUGUGACCCAGGCUAUGCCAUUCGCGGCCACAGAGAGAUCCAGUGCCAGCCAAACGACACCUGGGAGCCGCCUGUGCCCGUCUGCGAGCAGGCUGGCUGCAGAGCCCCUGCCAGGCUGGGCUUUGCCGAGCUCAAGGAGCCCUACAGGAACCAGACGCUGUUUCCUGAGGGGAGCAGGGUGGAAUUCGAGUGCCAGCCUGGCUACAGCCAGCUCCUGGGGGUGUCACCAGCCAUCACCUGCCUCAGCAACCAGACCUGGUCUGCAGUGCUGGAGUUCUGUAAAAAGAAGCAGUGCCCCAACCCAGGGAACCCAGAGAAUGGCAGAGCUGUUGUCCUGACAGAUCUCCUCCUCGGGUCCAAAAUCCAUUACACUUGUGACAAAGGGUACAAGCUGGUGGGAGGCUCCCAGAGAAUUUGUGAGGUCUCUGGCACACAUGUCUCGUGGAGUGGGGAUCCUCCUGUCUGCCAGGGUGUCACCUGCGCUGCCCCUCCGGCCAUCCCCAAUGGGACACACAGCGGGGGCUCCAGGGCCACCUUCUCCCUUGGGGACGUGGUCACCUACACCUGUGCCUCGGGGCUGGCCCUGGCUGGAGACUCCUCCCUGUCCUGCACCUCUGGGGACGGGGAGCGUGGCACGUGGAGUGGGACAGUGCCACGGUGCCAAGAGGUGAGGUGCCCUGCCCCGCCGAGCAUUGCCAACGGGCAGCACGGUGCCAGCCCCGGGGCCAGGCACAGCCCGGGCUCCGUGGUGCUCUACACCUGCGCCGAGGGCUAUUCCCUGCUGGGCAACGCCUCCAUCCGCUGCACGGCCCGGGGCACCUGGAGCCGGCCCCAGCCCCGCUGCCGAGUGCCACCGUGUCCUUCCCCUCCAACUAUCAGGAACGGCCAGCACGACAGCAAGGGGGUGGCAGAGUUCAUCCCUGGCAUGGCAGUGAGGUACCACUGUGACCCAGGCUACCUCCUGGCUGGGAAAAGCACCAUUUCCUGCUUGCCAUCGGGAGUCUGGAGCAUCCCUUACCCCCGGUGUGAAGUGAUCACCUGCAGCAGCCCCAGCAUCAAGGACGGGGAGGUGGCUGAGGGCCGGAGGGCUGUGUACCGCCCUGGGGACAACGUCACCUUCCAGUGCCACCCAGGCUUCGUGCUGAGGGGCAGCCGUGGGGCCAAGUGCCAGCCUGACAGCCGCUGGGUGCCCGCUGUGCCCACCUGCCAGCCAGCGCGGCCCUGCCCUCCGCCCCCCGUCAUCGCCCACGCCACGCUCAGCGCCGAGCCCGGGACCAACUUCACCAGUGGCACCUCCGUGAGCUACAGCUGCCAGCCUGGCUUCACCCUGCUCGGGGACCCCUCGGUGCUGUGCACGGCCUGGGGCAACUGGAGCCUUCCCUACCCUCGCUGUGCAGCCGGUUGUGGCACACCAACACCAUUGCUAUUUGCUGAGCUAAGCAAGGAAUAUGGAAAUCAGACUGAGUUUCCUGUUGGGAUGACUGUGAACUACACUUGUCUGCCUGGAUAUGUGGAACAGCCACAGAUAUCACCAACUAUCACAUGUCUUGAAAAUCUAACGUGGUCUGAAGCCCAAGAGUUUUGCAAAAUGCUGCAAUGCCCUUCACCUCCCAAUAUUACCAAAGGGACCCACGACAGCCAGGACUUGGAGGUUUUUCCUGCUGGGAUGGUUGUGAACUACAGCUGUGACCCAGGCUACAGCCUCCGGGGAGAGGCAUCCAUCCGCUGCACCAGCUCUGGCAACUGGAGCCUCCCUCUGCCUCAGUGUGCAGGUGGCUGUGGUGCACCUCCAAACCUGACCUUUGCUGAGCUAGCCAGGCAAUACAGAAAUCAGCAGGAAUUUGCUGUUGGGGACACCGUGAGCUACAGCUGCCGGCCGGGACACUCGAGACGCCCCGGAGUGCCCCAAACUCUGACUUGCCUCCAAAACCACACGUGGUCUGAAGCCCUAGAGUUCUGUAAAAGGAAGCAAUGUAGCCACCCAGAACCCCCCAGGAAUGGCAGAGUUGUUGUUCUGACAGAUCUCCUUUUUGGGUCAACCGUGAGCCACACGUGUGACGAAGGGUACAGGCUGGUUGGAGAGUCCCACAGGAGAUGUGAGAUUUUGGGACGAGGUGUUGCCUGGACUGGUCUGCCUCCCAUCUGUAAAAGGGUGCUGUGCCCAGCCCCACAGGUCCAGAAUGGCAGGGUGGCUGUCCCCAGGCCCCGCUACACCUACGGGGACUCUGUCACCUUCAAGUGCCACAGAGGCUUCACCCUGCGAGGCCACCCCACGUCCCAGUGCCAAGGGGACAGGAGGUGGCACCCACCUGUGCCUGUCUGUGAGCAGGAUGGAGUGUCAGAACGUUAUCACCACCCUGACCCCACAACAAAGCCAGUGCUGCACUGCUCCAAGCCUGCAAAUAUCACCCACGGGUCUUUCCGUGGCCCAGCAAAAGCAGUUUUUACUGUGGGAACAUCCGUAAACUACAUCUGUGAGCCUGGCUUCUCCCUCCUGGGGACAGCAUCCAUUUAUUGCACAGCAUCUGGAGCCUGGAGCCAUCCCCCUCCUGUCUGUCAAGCUGUGAAGUGUCCGCAGCCUCCGAGCAUCACCAACGGGAGGCUGAAAGGGAACGCCUCUGCCACCUUUCCCCGGGGAGCCGCGGUGUCCUACAGCUGCGAUCCCGGGUACUCGCUGGUUGGGAACGCUUCCAUCAGCUGCACGGGCUCGGGGGCCUGGAGCCAGCCCCUCCCGCAGUGCAAAGAGAUCAGAUGUGAAUUCCCGGAUGUGCAAGGUGUUAAAAAAGCCAUUAAAGGAAGUACUUAUCGCUCUGGCACUAACAUCACUCUUGAAUGUGACGAUGGUUACGUGCUGGAAGGCAUCAGUCACACCCAGUGCCAAGAGGAUUUCAGCUGGGACCCUCCCGUGCCCGCCUGUAAACUGACGUCCCCCAAGCCCGGGUCAGUAGGCUUAGGAGUGGCGGCUGCAGCAGUUCUGCUGCUCCUGGGGGCAGCUGUUGUCUGGAAAAUCAUUUCCAAGCAUAAGGAAGGGCUGGGAAGAGAUCUCAUCCCUGCUGUGGCUGACCAGGCACCCGGCUCGUUCCCUGCAGCGAGGCAGCGCCGCUCACGUGGAGACUGGAAUUCUGUGCAGAAAAAAAGGACAUUUUACUGUAAAUCUUCAAUGCUGUUCUGCUCUCUGCAGUUACUGUCAACGCUUAUGGGCUGUGCCUGGAAUCCGCCCUACCCUGCAGUCCUGUGUGUGACACCGGCACGGCGAGCUCGGUCCGGGGAUUGUCAGCGAUCCCGGACCGAACAGCGGCCCGAGCUGUCCCGGCGAGAGGGGCCCCGGCGAGAGGGGCCCCGGCGGGCGGGCCCGGCCAUGGCGGCGGCGCCGCGCUGGGGGCGGGCCGCGCAUGCGCACCCGGCCCCGCGCUGCGUCUCCGGCGGCGCCGGGAGGGAGCGGAGCGGCCGCAGCCGCGGCCCCGCUGCGGGCAUGGGGCGGCUCUCGGUGCCGCCAGCGCUGCUGUUCGUGCUGCUGCUGUGGCAGCUCGGCGGAGCCCGGGCUCAGGGCUCGUGUCCCAAGCCAGAGCGGCAGCAGAAUGCAGAGCUCGACGAGAGCUCCAGGGAUCGCCAAGAUUUUCCACCUGGGACCAAAAUCUCCUUCACCUGCCGGCCAGGAUACAUUAGGGUCCCAGGGAAGUCGCUGACCUGGACAUGUGGUAAUAACUUGCAGUGGUCACAAACAAGCGUUUUCUGUACAGCAAGAAAAUGUAAAUACCCAGGACCCUUGGAAAAUGGUUAUUUUGAUGCAAGAGAUCUUACAUUUGGUUCAAAAUUGACAUUUCGUUGUAAUGAAGGAUACAGAUUAAUAGGUAAGGAAGAGAUUUCCUGUGAUAUCAAGAAUGGAGGUGUUGACUGGAGUGGAACUCUGCCUUACUGUGAAAUAAUUCCUUGUGAGCCACCUCCCCAAAUAGCCAACGGGGAGUACGAGGAGAGAGGCAGCUACGUGUACCAGAGCUCCGUGACCUACAGGUGCCUGGAUGUCCCCAAGGACAGCGAUCCCUUCUCCCUCAUUGGCUCAGACACCAUUUACUGCACAUCUGAUGCAAACUCAAACGGAGUUUGGAGUGGGCCACCUCCAGAAUGUCGAGUGGUCAAAUGUGAAGACCCCAGAGUUGAAAAUGGGAGAAAAAUGUCUGGAUUUGGACUUCCCUACAGAUACAAGGACUCAGUUGUGUUUGAGUGUAAUCAAGGCUAUUUCAUGGUUGGAGCACAGGUAAUUACCUGUGAAGCAAAUAACAUCUGGGUUCCUCCACAACCAACCUGUGAGAAACUUACUCCAGAGAUGUGUCUUGCCCCGAAGAUCCCCAAUGGGGCCCUGAUUCCAGCCAAAGGUGCCUAUGCAAAAGGAGAGGCUGUGCAGAUCAGGUGCAAUGCUGGCUGCUCCUUCCCUGAUGGCUCUGCAGAGGUGACAGUGACCUGUCAAGAACAGAGUUCCUGGGGUGCUUUACAGCACUGUUCCUGUGAGUCUGAAGGUUCUGGUUCCACACCAGUCAUAAGUCAUGGGAGAGUGAUAGAAGGAGAAAAACCUUCCUACCAUGUGGGGGAUUUCAUUACCAUUGAAUGUUACCCGGGGUACACCUUGCAUGGGGAGGCUCGGAUUCAGUACAUUGGGAACAACCAGUGGGUGCCAGCUGUGCCAACCUGCCAGCUCAGUGAGUCUGAAGGUUCUGGUUCCACACCAGUCAUAAGUUAUGGGAGGGUGAUAGAUGGACAAAAACCUUCCUACCAUGUGGGGGAUUUCAUUACCAUUGAGUGUUACCCGGGGUACACCUUGCAUGGGGAGGCUCGGAUUCAGUACAUUGGGAACAACCAGUGGGUGCCAGCUGUGCCAACCUGCCAGCUCAGUGAGUCUGAAGGUUCUGGUUCCACACCAGUCAUAAGUUAUGGGAGGGUGAUAGAUGGAGAAAAACCUUCCUACUCUGUGGGGGAUUUCAUUACCUUUGAAUGUUACCCGGGGUACACCUUGAAUGGGGAGGCUCGGAUUCAGUACAUUGGGAACAACCAGUGGGUGCCAGCUGUGCCAACCUGCCAGCUCAGUGGAUAUAUUAUAGCCAUCAUCUGUGUGAUUGUGAUAGCUGUGGUGCUCCUGGGAGCCUUCUGGAUCUACAAGAAAUUCUUCUCACAGAAUGGCUCGUACACAGUUGAUGAGAGUUGCAAGGAAAUUUGUAUUUUAAAAACUAAUGUCCCAGCUGAGAUGGAAGAAACUGCACAAAUGAAAUAAUGAAAAGGAAACGGGACAGCACCCCCAGUCCUGCCGAAUAUAAGAUGUGUAAAGCAUGAGUGCCCUUGCUGGGGUGGGAGGGACCUGGCAGGGGCUGUCCCUGGCAGAGCUGCACAAGGAUUGAUUCCCUUGCACUGAGGGGCUGCCCAUGGGUUCCUUGUGCUGCUGAACUGCAGGAGGAGAUGCUUGAUAGGCUAAGGAGUGUGUGUGCUUGUAGCUAGCACAGAUCCUGCUUUGCCCUCCCUGUCCUUCUGUGCCCAUCAGCUGGGGAAAGGCAGUGCCUGUAGCAUGCCAGGGUCUGUGGGAGUGCUGCAGUGUCCCUGUGCCAGUGCCAGCUGCUGCUGCCCUCAGUGCCACCUCUUGGCUUGCAGAAGAUGUCCAAUAUUCUCCUGUGUCCUGUAGAGCUCUGCUCACUCAAACCUGGCUGUCCUUCCCAUCCCUCUUUGCAGCAGAGGUGGUGUCAAUGGUUCUGGUGUUUCCUUUGUUGCUCAUUCCCUGAAGAGUCUGGUGCCACUGAAGGCAAUGUCUUUUGGAAACUAUCACAAUUAAGAUCUUAUAUACUCUACCUCUUUGUCUGCCAAAGUUGGUUGCUGUAUAUAUAAUGAAUUGAAUGUGCCUUGAAAUCAGAGUUUUAUAGCUUUUCCUUUGCUUUUGAGAGGGAAAAAAGCUAUAUAUAUAUAUAUAUUUCUGAUUCUUUGCUUUAAUCUCCCAAAGACUGCAGUGGAUUUGUUGGACCUGAAAGCUGAAGGAUUCUGUAGCAAAGGCAUCCCCUGCCUGUUGACAGGAGAUUCCUAAUUAAAGGAACUGCUGAGAGCUCAGUGGUGGCUGUGUCCUGUCAUGAGCACAGUGGAAGUUCCUUUGGGUGCUCAAUUUUAGUGAGCCUUGAUGUCAGGUCUGGAGAUCUUCUGUUGCUUUCAGGGGUAGAAACAGGUGCUGUGUGAUCCACCUUCCUUGCUUUCUUACUUGAAGUCACAUAUUUCACAUUUCUAACCUCUGGCUGCAGACUGGGAUGUUAAAUCAAGCUCUGAAAAGCUGGAUUUAGCAUCAGAUUCCUGUUUAGAAGCAGAAGCUUUUCCCUGUCACUGGCUUUUCAUGUUAAAGGAAAACCAGGCCAGCUCAGGUGUGUGAGUGCUGGUAGAUGUGGUGAUCUCUUGUUUGCUGCUUGGUGCUUGUUCAGUAAAUGUUGUAGUCCAGAUCCUCACUCCAGGAGCUCCCACCGCUGUGUUUGCCAUUACUUUAGAAUCACUGCUACUUCUAUUUCCUCAGCAAACCCCAUAUCUUAACUAGAACAGGUUUUAGCUCCAUGAAUCUCACUAUCAGCAUCCAGACAGCUUCUAAUUUUCACAGAAAACCCAAAUAGCCUCACUUGAGGCAGCAUUGGAAGUGCUCUGGCUUGUCUGUGGCUGCUUGGCACUGCUCUCCCUGUCAUCAACACAUUGUUGGAGUGGCACAGAACUGUUUGGGGCUUGAUAGGGCUUUUUGGGACAAUCCCAGCAGCUGCAUUGUUGGAGCUCAUAAUAGGCUGUGGCUGUUAGAAAGGGGCUUUGGCUCUGCAGAAGGAUUUGCUGCUGGUGGCCUGGCUGAUAGCUCAGCUCCAGAGUUGUUUGUAAACACUGGGAUGUGUGACUGGGGCUGAGUGUGGUGCUGGUCAGGAGCUCAGCUUGCUUUGUGUGGCAUCUGCAAUGUGCUGAAAUACACUGGAAUGUUCUUAAUUGGGAAGUGAAAUCACUGUAAAAAGUGGCUGUGUUUUUGCUCUUCUUUCUGGAUGUAAAGAUUGGCCAUGAUUUGUAAUAUUCCAAAUAAAAAUGUUAAAUUAUU